AUGCACAGAACUUACUCUUUGAGAAAUAAGAAGGCUCCUACAGCUUCAGAGCUCCAAACUCCAGCUCCACCACAAUCUACUACCAAGUCUAAGUUUUUUGGUAAGGGUUCUUUUGCCUCCAGUAUCAGAAAGAAUACUGCUGGUCAGUUCGGCCCAUUGUUAUCUAGAAAGCUAUCCUCUUUAAUUAAGACCGAAAAGGGUUACUUGAGAGCUUUAGAAGUUGUUGCUAGUGAACGUCGUGUUGCUGCUAAACAAUUGUCUCUAUGGGGUUCUGAAAAUGACGAUGACGUGUCUGACGUGACUGACAAGCUAGGCGUUCUUAUCUAUGAACUGGCUGAAUUGCAAGACCAAUUCAUUGACAAGUAUGACCAAUACAGAAUUACUUUGAAAUCUAUCAGAAACAUUGAAGCUUCUGUGCAACCAUCAAGAGACCGUAAGCAAAAGAUUACUGAUGAGAUUGCUCACUUGAAGUACAAGGACCCUCAAUCCACCAAGAUCCCAGUUUUGGAGCAAGAAUUGGUUCGUGCUGAAGCCGAAUCGUUGGUUGCUGAAGCCCAAUUGUCUAACAUUACCAGAGAAAGAUUAAAGGCUGCUUUCAAUUAUCAAUUCGACUCUGUGAGAGAAUUAGCUGAGAAAUUCGCAUUAAUCGCUGGUUACGGUAAGGCCUUACUAGAACUAUUGGACGAUUCUCCAGUGACUCCUGGAGAAGCUAGAGCCGCUUACGAUGGUUACGAAGCUUCAAGACAAAUCAUCAUGGAUGCCGAAUCAGCUUUGGAAUCCUGGACCUUGGAUGUCGCUGCUAUCAAGCCAACUUUGUCCUUCCACCAAACAGUCGAUGAUGUUUACGUCGAUGAAGAUGGCGAGGAAGGUGAAGCCUUAGCUGCUGAAGAAGAGUGGGCUGGUGAACAUGAAGGUGGCCAAGAAGAAGAAGCUGUUGAGACUACUGAAGUUAAAUAA